AAUUCCCGCUUUGGACCCUUGAAAUUCCCCCCCUUUCUCUCUCUAAAACAGUAACACACUUCUCUCACACAAAAACACACACUCUCUUUCUCUCUCUAGAAAUGGCGGAUUUCCCCCCUAAUUUGGAUGACGGAGAACUAUGGCUUCCCUCUGAUAUUUUUCCCGACGAAAUCCCCUCUAGGAAAAGUCCAUUCUACCAUUCUGAGCUCACCCACCUUCAAAAUCUCGCUCAGCACUUCGCUGCUUUGGCUUUGCUUCAACGAUUCCGAAACCAAACCGUCGCUAAACAGCGGCUAAACUUGGCCCCGAACUCAGAGCGGUUCGAACCGGCGGUUCCUUAUGAUUCGACGGGUUACAGACGGGCCUGGCAUUUCGGGUUUAAUGGCAGUGCUGGUGUUGGACAUGGUGUUGACGGAUAUGGAAUUGGAAGCAGAGGCACCUGGACCGGUUGUAGACCGGCUUACCAGUACCAUUUUGUGCAACCAGUUCAACCCCAGGUUGAGAGCUUUAUGGAAGCUAGGGCUAGGGUUUUGCAGAAACAACAGAAGCAGUUUUUGCAGAGCCAGAACAUGGUUUUACCAUUUCGAGGAAGUCGGGUGGGUGGUGGAUUUGUGAGAGAGUAUGGAGGAACGGGUGUGUUUCUUCCUCGAAUUAACAGUACCACAACCACUAAUGUUGCUAGAAAGAGACAGAGUGUGACAAAUAAUAGAAAGGAGUUUCAAGUCAUUCCUCCGAGGAAUUCCAUCAAAAGGGGGGUUGAUGAGGAGAGGCGAGAAGAGUGCCAUUACCAGCUUCCUCCUCCUGAGAUGGGUUUGGGCUUACCACAGGAUUGGACCUACUGAUCAGCUAUCUCCUCAACUAUACUGUAAAGUGGUCUUCUUGUGGCCUUUGUCUUUAAGAUAGUAAGUAAUAAAAAUUCUAGAACAACCUAAAACUUUGUCAAACAAUCAUUUGGACAGUGGGGUUUUGUUUGUUUUGUUAUGGAAGUCUUUUGUGUGAACGUGAACCUGUUUCUUUUGCUGAUUUAGUGUAGUAAUAUCAGCAAUACAAUAACCAAAAUUUUGUUGUAGACUUGUUACUUGUUCACCGUGUUUCUGUUUGUACGGGUCGUAUUAAAUGCUUAUGUUUGGUUGGAAUUUUCAUGGUUUGG